UUUGCACUCAACACGUUCCCAGAUUAACACUACUUUGGUAGCAAAGUAGAAUCCAAUGGCAUCCCAAAUUGAAAGCCACCGCGUCGGCGCAGAGGUCGUCAACGGAGACGCCAUCUGCAGGAAGAAGUCUGUCGAGCUGCUGGAAGUGCUAGGCCUCCCCAAGGGCCUCCUGCCGCUCGAGGAUAUCGAGGAGUUCGGGUACAACCGCGCGACGGGGUUCAUGUGGCUGGUGCAGAGGAAGAAGAAGGUCGAGCACACCUUCAAGAAGAUCAAGCAGACCGUGUCAUACGCCAAUGAGGUGACGGCGUUCGUCGAGAAGGGUAAGCUGAAGAAGAUCGCCGGCGUCAAGACCAAGGAGUUGAUGCUGUGGCUUAGUGUUGUCGAGGUCUAUAUUGCCGAGUCCUCACCGGAGAAGGUCACCUUCAAAACCGGCACUGGCCUCUCCGAUAGCUUCGAUGCCACUGCAUUUGCUCUCGGGGAGUAAGGAGUCACCGAGCAGGAUAGAAAUAAUGCCAGGCGCAUAACUAUACUAUGUUAACGCUAAUACAAUUAUGUAUGAAUCUUGAGUCUCUCUAUCUUCCUUCUGUAAACGCUUUUCCUUCCGUAAUUGCUUUUUUUGCCAUUGUUCACAUGGUUAGUAGAUAAACAAUUUGUCUUGCGCAAUUGCGUGCUAG